AAUACAUGUUUUAGUUAUUGUUUACGUCUUCCAGGGAAUAUUUAAAAAUAAUUAUUAAAAUUAAACAUAAAUAAUACAAAAUUAAUUUAUCUCAUAAAAAACAACAUGAACGGACACCGGAUAAACAAACUUUACUAUUGUUUGGUGAUUUUCACGUUCUUUUGCCUGAACAUAUUGCAAACGAAUGCGGGAAUUUCGGCUAUGUUGAGAAAAACGGGAAUGAUUCCGGCAGUACCGAUGACAGAUUUGAAAGAGACAGCGACAGACGGACCAGAAUUGGCUAGAAUUUUCUACUCGGCCAUCGGCAACUUUGUCGAAGCCGUUCCCAUUUUCCCGGUCACGUUCAACGUACCCGACAUUGUGACCGCUUUCGGUGGCUUGCUGUCGGGCAUGUUCAAUUACAUUACCGGCAAUGACAGCGGCGGAGGGUCACAACCCAAAGACGUCUUCGGAGCCAUGCUCAACAUCUAUAGGCACAUAGCCGUACAAGAAGACAUUCAUGAUAUUGAGUUCAUGACGUAAAAUACAGCUGUAGCAUAAUGGAGAUGUACCUACCCAAUAUAGUCUACAUCGAGAGGAGGAUGGGAGUUAAAAUUCGUUGUCGUUAAUUUUUCGUUUUCUUUUUUCUUCUAAGCGCGUCACUGUAGUAUGUUAUUAUAAACUGUCGUAUAAAACGCACAUUAAUAUUUAAAUGAAGUGAAACGUAUUCAGCUGCCGACUAAUUAUUCGACACAUCUUCGAACAACUGUAAAAAAAUUGUCCGCACCAACAUAUUGGGGUAUGAUGCCGCCCACUAUGUUGUUAUGUAUAUUUAGUAUUAAAAUUUUACUCCCACCGUGAAUCGAGUAUAGGUGCGAAAUUUUAAUCGCAAGAAAGCACCUAUAACCUAUACUUAGUACCUCUAUUUAAAACUAGAUUUCUUAUAACUGCGUUGUUAGCAUAAUAUAUUUUAAAUCUGAUUAGUACCUACAAUUAUCCCGAUUGGUACCUAUAUGUUUCACUUACUUUCUCAUUGUGAAGAUGUAUAUUUUUAGAUCCACUUUUUAAUUAUUUAUUAUUAUUAUAAUGAUAGCCGGUAGGUAUACGAGUACCUUCGUCUACCGACUGUCACGCCAGUCCACAUGAACGAUAAAUAUUCAAAUAACAUAUGUAUAUUUAAACUCAAGAGAUCAAUAAAUAAUGUUGUAUAUAGAAUUGUCAUGCAAAAAGAUUUAGGUACUUACCAAUUUUUUUCAAUUUAAUACGAGUGUUGGGAAUUAUAAUAUAUUAUAUAACAGAUGCCAUAUGCGUUACUUUUGGUCAGUUGAAUUCAUACCAAUUUAGAGUUUUUUUUACAACUAGUAGGUAACAGUAAUGACUGGUUUUAUGUUAAUCGAAUAUGUUAUGUUUGAAAGCACUAUAAUUAUUAAUAGAAACUACAUUUUUUUGUCAAAUAUAAACACACGAACUGGUCGUAAGUAAAGUCGAGUAGUAGGUAUGUUUCAAAUUAUUAUUAAUUUCACUCCGUGGUUUUCAUCGUUGUAAUAUUAUAAUAAUAUGGUACCUUGAUUAUAACACGUACAAGAUAAACUUAGAUUGAUUUUAGUUAUUGUAAUCAGGAUUUAAGAAUACCUAAUUAUAAACAUUGACAAUUGAAUCAGCCACCAUUUCAGUGGCGUAGAUGGGGGUUAAAGGGCCUGCAGCACUCCCCGAAAUUUCAGGAAAAUUUAAACACGCUUUCGAUGUUCUGUGAACGUAUUACGUAAAGCGUGGGUAACCAUUUAUUAUAAUUAUUGCAAUUUGUAUGAAAGUUGCGACAAAAGUCUAAAAUGUUAUUCAUCCACUGCAUCAGCAUACCAAACUUAUUCGGAAUUCUGUAUCUAUAGUUAAACCUCCCCCGCAUAACUAGUUAUUAGCCCACCCUCAAAAUAUCAAAAUCCUGGGUACUCCACAUCUCCACUGAUUACUGAAACACAUUUAGUACCUACCUAUAUUAAACAUUGAGGUAGAGCUCGACACGGCGACUUUACGCGACUUCGUUUAUAUAGGAUUUUGCACCAAUUUAAGUGAAAGGCAAAUUUGUAAGAGACAAAGAAAACGUGGAUAUUACUAAUAAUUGUACAAAUACAAAUAAAUGUUAAGUAUAUUAUCUUAUCGAAUAUAUAGUGGUUGAUAACUAUAGUGUAUAAUGGUAGUAUGGUGUAUAUUUUGUAAAUAUAGGUACCUAGUUUAAAAGUUAUGACAUUUAUUAAACCAAUAAAUCUAAAUAUUGUAUAAGAUUAUUUUAAAUGUAUGUUAUGAAGACUAUAAUGUUUUGAUGUAUAAAUAUUUAAAUAUGGCAAUAUGUAUUUAUUUUUAAGUUACUAAAUCAUUUAUUUAUCUAUUUAUUUAUUCAACACAAAUAUUCAGAUUACUUUACUUAUUUAUUAUUGUUCGACCAUGAAAAAAUAUUGAAAACUAGAAUAAUUAACUAGGCACUAGUUUAUAUGUUAUUAUUAAUUUAACUGUGUGUACUAUAUUAUCCUAUUAGGGGUGUAUUUAAGGGAUCUAUGAUGAUUUGAGCAUUUUAGUACCUGAUUAAAAGUUUUAUGUAUCAACAUUUACAUUUCAUAAUUUGUAAAAAUUGUCCGAGUAUAAUAAACGCUAAUAAUUCAAGAUGAUACAUAUAUUUUAUUUUUGUAAAACCAUUUGUAAUGCCUUCUAUCCUUAGCUUUUGGCUUUUAAUAACUAAGAAACUAUAAGUGUUAAAAUGUUGAUUUAGAUGCAUAAAAACUUUAAAAAUAAAAUCUUAAG